AUGCAAGCUGCAGGCAUAAUUUCAGAUUCUCAAACUUAUGGUAUCUUAUUGGAUGGGUUGUGCAAAAAUGGGCACAUUUCUGAAGCAUUGUCAUUAUUCCACGUGAUGGAAAGCAAUAGUUUACAUCUUGAUAUUCUUGAUACUGCAAGGGCCCUUUUCAGUAACCUUUCUUCCAAGGGUUUACAACCUGAUGUUAAGACAUACACUACGAUGAUACAAGGUUUUUGUGAAGAAGGCCUACUGCAUGACGCUAAAGAGUUGUUUGUUAAAAUGGAACAUAAUGGUUGUUUGCCAAAUGAUGUCACUUACAACACUAUUAUCCGAGGAUUUAUUGGACAACAUAAGUGCUAUGAGGCAUUAAUACUGGUUGAGGAAAUGGUUCAAAGGGGUUUUUCAGCAAAUGCAUCCAAUUCUUCCUUAGUCAUAGAUAUACUCUCAACUAAAGGACAAGAUCCUGCUCUCCAAGAAGUGAUAAAGAAGUAUAUGCCCAAAGAUAGUCAUGGAAUGCAAGAGAUUGAGUAA